CGCUCUCACUGGCUGGAGGAAGAGCGCUCGCGUAACGGAGACCAUUUAUAGACUGUGGGUCUGCCUUUAACACCGGGAGGCGAUGACACACGUAAAGCCGUCACAGUUCGCACCCCACGACCCCUCACCAGUCGCACUUGUUUAUUUUACUGGGAAAGAAGUGAACGAGCGCGCGCCACUCGGGGGGUCGAAGUGAUACCCAUAGAGUACCUGCACGUGUGUGUAUGUCUGACACGUGGGUUCUGGGGAAUGGGAAUGUACUCCUAACACCACGCACAGAGAGACUGGAGGUCGCAGCUAUUUCUGCCAACUGGCAACAUGAAACACACAGUUUGGUGGAACUUGGCCGGAUUUGUUGUGUUUUGGAGACUGGUACACGCACAGGCUGGUCCAGAUGGAGAGAUCACAGCAGAGGAGCAGGUGCAGAUGCUGCUGGAUGCAAAAUUUCAGUGUCUCCAAACUGUCUCCACACAUGACAUGGCAGUGGAUGUGUGCCCUCCAGAAUGGGAUGGUUUGAUCUGUUGGCCACAAGGUUCCCCUGGAUUUCUGAUUAAAGUUCCCUGCCCUGGAUACAUCUAUGAUUUCAACCAUGCAGGUUAUGCUUACAGGAGGUGUGAAUUCAACAGUUCCUGGGAGUUUGGUGAAGGCUCGAAUAAGACCUGGGCUAAUUACACUGAGUGUAUAAAAUCUCCUGCACCCAACAGAGAGCGACAAGUAUUUUUUGAGAGGCUUCACAUCAUGUACACUGUGGGGUAUGCAGUGUCAUUUGGGUCUCUUCUGGUGGCCAUCCUCAUCAUUGGAUAUUUUAGGCGCUUGCAUUGCACGAGGAACUACAUCCACAUGCACCUGUUUGUGUCCUUCAUACUACGUGCAAUAAGCAUCUUUGUAAAAGACCGGGUGGUGCACACCAGUGCUGGCCUUCAGGAGUUUGAUGAUGUGCUCAUGAAUAACCUCACAAACGCAGUGGAUGUGUCACCAGUGAACACCUCUCAGUAUAUAGGUUGUAAAGUGACAGUCCUUCUCUUCAUCUACUUUCUGGCAACAAACUACUACUGGAUCCUUGUGGAAGGCUUGUACCUACACAGCCUCAUUUUUAUGGCCUUCCUGUCAGACACUAAGUACCUAUGGGGCUUCACUCUGAUCGGUUGGGGUGUACCUGCCCUCUUUGUGUCAGCCUGGGCAAUCGUAAGAGCAGCAGUGGCAGAUUCCAGAUGCUGGGAGCUAAGCGCAGGCAACAUCAAAUGGAUCUAUCAAGUCCCUAUCCUGACAGCCAUUGGGCUUAACUUUAUCCUUUUUGUGAAUAUCGUUCGGGUCCUGGCAACCAAGAUCCGGGAGACCAAUGCAGGAAGAUAUGACACGAGAAAACAAUACAGGAAGCUGGCAAAAUCCACGCUGGUAUUGGUGUUCGUUUUUGGUGUACACUACAUUGUGUUUGUGGGGAUGCCACACACCUUCAAGGGACCCAGCUGGGAAGUGCGCAUGUACUGUGAGCUCUUCUUCAACUCUUUCCAGGGUUUCUUUGUUUCAAUUAUCUACUGUUACUGCAAUGGAGAGGUCCAGACAGAAAUUAAAAAGACUUGGACACGCUGGAACCUGGCAUUCGACUGGAAGGGUCCAGUAGUGUGUGGCACUUAUCGCUAUGGCUCAGUCCCAACAGGUCUCAAUAACAGCACUAGCAGCCAAUCACAUCUGGCCACAGGGGCACCUGGAACACGCUCCACUACGCUCUUCUCCAGUCGGGUAUACCGCAGCACUGGUGCCCCCUCCGUCAGUGCCCACAUGUCAUUGCCAGGCUAUGUGCUUAGCAAUUCAGAUGCUGACAGCCUACCACCAUCCAUUCCUGAGGAGUCAGAGGACAGUGCAAAGCAGGUGGAUGACAUUCUGCUGAAAGAGUCACUGCCUGCACGUCUCUGUAGUGGCCCUGAGGAUGAUGAGGAGACAUUGUAGAUAACAAUAUCAGGAUCUAUGACCUAAUGUUGAGACAUUUUGCCACUCAUCUAAUGAGAGGACAUUACACCAUAAACCACCUUACCUUAGUUUAUUACUGCUAUACAUUUAAAUUAAGUUGGAUGAAUAAAAACCUUCAUGGGCAUGUAUCCAAAAAUAAAUAUGAAGCUACAGGCCAGUCAUUAUGGAAUUCGUGAGAUUGCUGAGAUGCAUGGGAAAUAAGG